AUUGCUCGUUGAUUAAUAUAUGAAACUGGAGUUGGUUGAGCAGAAAGGCAAAAGGAGCAUGCGUUUUUGAGCAUAGAAAACAGUAAGCAAUCCUUACAGUGCACAUCCUGUUACACCACCUGCAUAUUUUAGUACGAGAAAAUAUAUGACACUUGAAGAGAGGUUUUAAUUGCUAACCAAAUCUAACCACCCUCUGACAACUAGACUCUGAUAUCGUAUCCCAAUGGUAAGUUCGGUCUAUAGUGGGUAUGCGAGAAGUGGAAAUUAGAUUAGUUUACACCCACAACGAUGAAAUCAAGGCUCAAAUCAAUUGCCGAAAAUGGAAGUCUUGUAUUUCAGCAGAAUAAUAAGAUAACCCAGUCGGGAAAAUCGGGUCGGAUCGAAGAAGCCAUAAAGGUUUUCAAUCAAAUGAGUCUCCGGAACACUGUCACCUACAAUUCGAUGAUCUCUGCCUACGCCAGAAACGGUAGAAUCAGUGAUGCACGAGACCUUUUUGGUAGAAUGCCAUCUAGGAACUUGGUUUCUUGGAACACUAUGAUUGCUGGGUAUUUGCACAAUGACAAAUUUGACGAAGCCUUCCAACUAUUUGACAGAAUGCCCCAUAAAGACCUAUUUACAUGGACUCUGAUGAUUACCUGUUAUACACGUAAUGGGCACCUUGAGAAGGCCAGAAAUUUGUUUAAUUUGCUUCCUGAUAAGAAGAACCCGGCUUGUUGGAACGCAUUGAUUUCUGGUUAUGCGAAGCAUAGGCGGCUUCAGGAAGCUAGAGAACUUUUUGAUGAAAUGCCAGUUAAAGAUAUGAUUUCGUGGAAUUCAAUGCUUGCGGGUUAUACCCAGAAUGGUGAAAUGCGUUUAGGCAUGAAAUUUUUCGGAGAAAUGACAUAUAAGGACGUGUAUUCAUGGAAUCUAUUGGUUGAUGGUUUUAUUGAGGUGGGUGAUUUCGAUUCUGCUUGGUAUUUCUUUCAGAGGAUUCCUAACCCAAAUGUUGUUUCUUGGGUCACAAUGUUAAGUGGGUUCGCGAGGAAUGGUCAGAUUUUGGAAGCUCGGAGGUUGUUUGACAGGAUGCCGGAUAAAAAUGUGGUUGCUUGGAAUGCGAUGAUAGCUGCUUACGUCCAGAAUUACCAAGUUGAUGAGGCUGUGAGGCUUUUCAAAGAAAUGCUGGAGAGGAAUGCUGUAUCAUGGACUACUGUGAUUAAUGGAUAUGUUCGUGUUGGCAAACUUGAGGAAGCGCAGAAAUUAUUGGAUAGCAUGCCAUAUAAAAAUGUUGGGGCCCAAACAGCAAUGGUCGCAGGUUACGUGCAGAAUGAAAUGAUGGAUGAAGCCUGUCAAAUUUUCAAUCAGAUAGACCCCCGAGAUGUUGUUUGUUGGAACACAAUGAUUGGGGGGUACGUUAGCUGUGGGAAAAUGAACGAAGCUUCCAAUCUCUUCAAACAGAUGGUCCAAAAAGACAUAGUAACAUGGAAUACUAUGAUUGCUGGUUAUGCUCAAGUAGGACAAAUGAAGAGAGCAAUUAAGAUGUUUGAGGAGAUGAAAGAAAGAAAUUUAAUUUCUUGGAAUUCCUUAAUUUCAGGUUUUACCCAAAAUGGAUGGAAUGUUGAUGCACUCAGGUGUUUUGUUUUGAUGAGAAAAGAUGGUAAAAAACCUGAUCAAUCUACUUUUGCGUCUGGGCUAGCUUCCUGUGCCAAUAUUGCAGCUCUGCAAGUUGGAAAGCAGCUUCACCAAAUUGUUGUGAAGAUCGGUUAUGCCAUAGAUCUGUUUGUCAGCAAUGCCUUAAUCACAAUGUAUGCCAAGUGUGGAAGGAUCUCAAGUGCUAAGCGCGUGUUCAGUGAAAUUUUCUGCAUUGAUGUUAUAUCCUGGAAUUCUUUGAUUGCUGGCUAUGCCUUCAAUGGAUAUGGGAAAGAGGCCAUUGAACUUUUCAAAGAUUUGGAGGCAGAAGAGGUGGUUCCUGAUCGAGUUACUUUUGUUGGAAUUCUGUCUGCAUGUUGUCACGCUGGCUUAAUUGAAGAGGGUUUGAAUUUGUUUGAAUGCAUGACUCAAAAGUACUGCAUUGAACCUUUGGCUGAACACUAUGCUUGCAUGGUUGACUUGCUUGGACGAGCGGGGAGGUUAGAGGAAGCAUUUCAAGUGGUGAGGAAAAUGAAUAUCAAGACCAAUGCAGGAAUAUGGGGUGCUUUACUUAGGGCGUGUCUUAUACAAAAGAAUGUAGAGCUUGCCAGGCUUGCUGCUGAGAGGCUUUAUGCACUUGAACCCAAUAACACUACAAAUUACGUGCUCUUGUCAAACAUGAAUGCUGAAGCAGGGAGAUGGGAUGAGGUGGAAAGAGUGAGGGUUUCAAUGAAAGAGAGUGGAGCAGAGAAGCAACCGGGAUGCAGCUGGAUUGAGGUUAAGAAUCAGGGGCUCAUUUUGAGUGUCACAACCGAUGAACACAUAGUAAAAGAAACAAAAGUAGCAGAGGUGGAGCAGAAGCAACAGAGUUGGCUGUCAUAA